GGUCGACGAAGGACCCAGCCCACAUAGACCGGGUCCUUCGAAGGACCCAGCCCCUGAAUUGGGACACACCCGAUAUCAUCAAAACGACGGUUUACGUCAUUUCUGAACAAAACAAGUUUUCAGUAUUAGAAUUAUGACUUCCUGUUUGUCAUGUCCGAACUCCAGUCCAGUAGGUGGGGCUAAUGCACCUUACAGUUGGUCUGCCGUCGGCAUCAACGCCAGAAAGAAAAAUAAAGCGUCCUCCAGAGCUGCUGUCAAGAUCAGCUAAACAACAGCUUCUUUUGAUCCCAGUCGGACAAAGAUGAGUUCCAGAUUACCGCCCGCAGCGCUCUCUUUAAAACAGUUCCUACAGAGGCAGAAGGUUUUGGCAGUUUACAGGAACAUGUUCAGGACCAUUCGCCAGGUUCCGGACGAGGCAGACAGGAAGUACCUGAGAGACUGGGCCAGGGAGGAAUUUAAGCGGAACAAGAACGCCACCAACCAGGAUGUAAUCCGCAUGAUGAUCUCACAGGCCAGCAACCACCUGGAGGAGCUGCAGAAGUCUCUGGCACUGGCUAAAAGUUGACAUAUGCAUUCUUCAUGUUUCUCCUGAGGAUUGUUCUGGACUUUUCUUCAGCAAAGAAAAUUCAGGCUUUCAGUUUGAAAGCUGGGACAAUAUCAAAGCACCUGUAGUGGCCCAGUGAGCAUCUGCCAGAAUGUAUUCAAUGAGAAUUAAAGAGGGAACAAAGAAACUACAA